GUUCCGUUCUUCUUUAGUACGUCUGCUGACUUCGAAUUGAGUGGUACACCACGCAGCCAUGCGGUUCGGUUAAACGAAAUAAACCUCUAUUUUACCUAUUCUUGACUGAAUACCUUUCACAAAGCGUAUUUUAAAGCUACUGAGUAAAAACAAAUAAAGAAACACAUCCAGCCAACAACAAUAGCCGACCAUCAUCGUUUACAUUUCGGAGACGAGACUGUGGUUUUUGUUUGAGUUUCUUCGAUCGGAAUUCGAUUGGUUCAAACCAAACGAAUGGGAUUCGAAAACGACAUCACAUCGAAACGAUCACAUUUUUAAUGUGAAAAACUAAACUUUUUCUGUUUGUUUCUUGUUUUAUAAAAUAAUCUAUAUUUUGUGAUUGUGUAAAGUAAAGAGAAAAAAAACAACAACAUAAAUCUGUUCGCCAUCACCCCGGUGAAUAAUAAUAAUACGACGAACAGAUUUCGUCAGCGUGAACCAAAUCCGCCAACAAGUGGGCAUACACAAAACAAUAAAUUACCAAAAAACAGUCGUUAUACAAAGUAAAUUGAUUUGCAAUAAACACAAACGGAAGUUAAUCGACUAUAAUCGCAUACACACAUACACACACAUUCAUUGUGAAAUACUCACUGAAAACUGCCAACAACUGUGAUUGACUUAAUGUGCACGAUUUUAGUUGUGAAUACCGAAUUGAAGUAAUACAUACACACAAACACACACGCUUAAUGUGUCUAUUUAUACGAAGAAAUCAACAAAAAAGCGUAGGCGCUACAAAUAAGCUGGAUUAAGGAAUCGAUUUUUAUAUAUAGAUAUCGACAUAGCAAUAACAAAGUGAAAAUCAAUUGUUUAACAUUCGUUCAAUUUAUAACAAGAAAUAAACGACAAACUAUCGUAUAACCGCAUGUAUCGUCAGACAUUUUUAAAUUAAAAUAAACCGACUACAACAACAACAGCAAAUAAUUUCACCAAAUCCACUGAGACAACAUACACAACCAAUACAACAUCGUCGUUAUGGAUAUACGAAUCGAUAGAAAAAUGGAUUACACAACAUGUUUCUGGCUAAUUUUUGUAUCAGCAUUAUCGCUGGUAUCGGUAACACAUGGCGAGGAUAUGAUGAUGGAUACACGAGAAGGAGAGAACAUUUCGUUGAAAUGUCGCUUCAGUGAACAGCAUAAUACUAAUGAAUUCUCCUACUAUUGGGCACACAUCGGUACAAAGUAUGAUAACGUGGCUAUCGGACCAAAUCCGCUCGCAUCAAAUUACAGAGUGGAUUUCCAUCCAGAGCGAGGAGUUUAUGAUUUGCGCAUCGAGAAUACAUCGUACAAUCGAGACAAUGGACGGUUUGAGUGUCGUAUCAAAGCGAUUGGAACUGGAGCCGAUGUUCAUCAGCAAUAUUAUAAUAUAACAAUUUUGACACCACCACAACCGCCAAUGGUCGCUCCAGGCACCAUUGCCACCGCCACCGAAGAUAAGAAAUUGGAUUUGACAUGCAGCAGCAUCGGUGGUUCACCCGAUCCAACCAUCACUUGGUACCGUGAAGGAAGUACGAUCCCAGUGCAAGCACCAAUCAGUCGUGGUGGAUCAAAAGAUCGUCAAACAACCAGCACUCUGUCAAUAACGCCACAAAAAGAAGAUGAUGGUGCAAAAUAUCGUUGCGUUGUAUGGAACCGUGCCAUGCCCGAUGGUCAACGUCUCGAAACAACUGUCACAUUGAACGUUAACUAUUAUCCACGCGUUGAAAUUGGCCCAGAAAAUCCACUGCAAGUGGAACGAGACUCAACCGCAAAAUUGGAAUGUCACGUUGAUGCCAAGCCAAAAGUGAGCAAUGUUCGAUGGACACGUAAUGGUAGAUUCAUCAGCUCGUCGUUGGUUUAUUCGAUUCCGCGUGUAACACAUCAAGAUGCUGGCAAAUAUGCAUGCGCCGCCGAUAAUGGUUUGGGUAAAAUUGGCGAACAAGAAAUUAUGUUGGACGUUUUGUAUCCACCAGUUGUGGUGAUUGAAUCGAAAACACGUGAAGCGGAAGAGCAUGAAACGAUUAAUAUUAAAUGUAAUGUGACAUCAAAUCCCGAACCAGUUACAAUUGAAUGGUUAAAAGAGGGCAGCCCGGAAUUCCGUUCGACUGGUGAUAUUUUAACGUUGCGCGAUGUUCGAGCCGAACAUGCUGGCACAUACGUUUGUCGUGCGAUCAAUAUUAUGAUGCCGUAUGGUGGAAAGCGAGUUGAACGUGUUGGAAAUUCAACGGUUGCACUGUUGGUGCGUCAUCGUCCCGGUCAAGCGUCGAUUAAUCCAAGCAAACCAAUUGUUCAUGUUGGAAAUGGCGUUACUUUGACUUGUUCGGCAAAUCCACCCGGCUGGCCAGUGCCACAAUACAGAUGGUUCCGUGAUACCGAAGGCGAAGUUCAACCGCAAACAAUUCUGGCACAAGGCUCACAGUAUGUUAUUCCACGGGCACAUUUGGGCAGCGAAGGACGCUAUCACUGUCAUGCCGUCAAUGAGCUUGGUCACGGUGAAAUGGCAACAAUCACACUUGAAGUACAUCAACCACCACAAUUUACAGCCAAGCUGCAACAACACAUGACGCGACGCGUUGCUGACUCAGAUUUUGCUGUCACUUGCAGUGCCAAAGGAAAACCAAAGCCGAUUAUUAAAUGGUUGAAAGAUGGUCGCGAAAUUUCAAUGGAUGCCAAUUUGUAUGAAGUAAACACAACGCCGACAGAAGGUUCAAAUGGUAUGGUCACCGUUCAAAGUUGGUUACAUUUUACUGGCAAAUCACGACCGGGCAACAAUCAAUUGAUUCCAAGCGAUCGCGGUCUUUACACAUGCUUGUACCAAAAUGAAGUUAACUCGGCCAAUUCCAGUAUGCAUUUACGCAUCGAACACGCUCCAAUCAUCUUGCAUCAGUAUAAUAAGGUCGCCUAUGAUAUUCGUGAAAAUGCUGAAGUCAAGUGCAAAGUGCAAGCAUAUCCGAAACCUGAAUUCCAAUGGCAAUUCGGCGCCAACCCAUCACCAUUGUCGAUGUCAUCCGAUGGCAAAUACGAAAUCAAUACAACAACCGAUAACAAUGACGUGUACACAUCAGUGUUGAAAAUCAAUCGUCUCAGUCAUCAAGAUUAUGGCGAAUACUUGUGCCGUGUCGUAAAUUCAUUGGAAACAAUUCGAGCACCAAUUCGGUUGCAACCAAAAGGUGCACCUGAAAAACCGAAUAAUUUGCGAGCCGAUGACAGCACAUCCAAUAGCAUUACAUUGAAUUGGGAUGCUGGAUUCGAUGGUGGUUUGGCCAAUACCAAAUAUUUUGUAUCAUAUCGCAAAGUGCAAGCACCACAUGACGAUCAAGUGUUGCCAGACUGUGAAACGAAUGUUAUCACCAAUACCGAUUGGAUGGAAUUCGAUUGCCAUCAAAAUGUUCCAUGUAACAUUAACCCAUUGGAACAGCAUCAAGGCUAUGUGUUCAAAGUGAAGGCGCUCAAUACCAAAGGCUCGUCCGAAUAUUCAACCGAAAUCAUGAAAACCACAAAAGUCGACCACAUUCCCAUGCCAAUGCAUGUAUCGUUCGAUCCAAAAUCACGUACGUUGGGUGUUACUGUUGGUGCAACUUGUUUAUCGUUGAUUGCAAUCGUUGAAUCGGUUAUUAAUGAAGGAACACCGAUGGCUGCAUGGCAAAUUGUCGAAACCAUUCAACUUCAGAAUUCGGGCAACAAUCCAACGCACAAAGAAACGGUCAUCGAACAUUUAGUAACGGCACGACGAAGCAGCGCUCGCUCACUUGGCAUUCCUGAUGAUGAUUUCCCACCAUUGAACGAUGACCAAAAUCCACGUGUUCGUGUCAAACUUUGCCUGCGCGCCAACCAUGAACGUUGUGGCGAGUAUACUGAAGCUGAAAUUGGAAAUAACUACAUUGCCGAAGCAUCUGCAAUUGCAACACCUACACUGAUUGCAAUCAUUGUAUCCGUCAUUGUGUUUGCACUGUUCAUUGGAUUGGUGCUAAUGUUUUGCCGUUGCAAGCGUAACCAAACAAAGAAGGGCACUCAAGUCAAAGACUAUGAAAUGGAUUCGGUGCGUCCAUCGAUUGUGGCACAACAAAAUCAAGCACCACCACCAUACUAUCCAACAAGUGGCUUGGAAAACAAAGCACUCGAACAUUCAAUGGAUUUGGCAUUGACGUUGGAAGAUCAGAAGCAAGUCGUGUAUGCCACUCAAAAUGGAUACGGUUAUCAUCCGCAACACUCAGUCUCGACGCAGCAAAUGACAAAUAAUGACUGGGCAAAUAUAGGUUACAUGGAUAAUAGUUAUUCAAAUUCGAACAAUGGCGGUAGCGUUAACUCACAGGAUUCGAUUUGGCAAAUGAAAAUGUCAGCAGCUGCUGGAAAUCCAGCUAAUUUAAUGCCACAACACACGUAUGUCGAUCAACAAGCAUCAUAUGGUUAUGAUCCUCUAGCCCAUGCUGGUUACGGUGCCAUCGAUGAUUAUGCACCAUAUCCACAUUUGACCGCGACACACAGUCAACACGGCGGUGACGAUUAUCAAACCAUGCGCAACAGUCAAAAUCCAUCGCGUCAAGAAGUCUACUGCAGCGAUCCAUAUGCAGCCGUUCACAAGCCCAAGAAGCGGCUUGAUCAUUUAGAUUCGCCAUAUCAUGAUGUAAGCGGUCUUCCUGAAUCGUACAUGGAACAAGUGAAUGUAGACGAUCCGAAUACGGCACCGCAACAGCAUUUAUCACACAGCUAUGAUGAUGGGCUACAGGAAAGUGGUUAUUCGACGCCAAAUUCAAGAAAUCGACGUGUCAUACGGGAAAUCAUUGUCUGAGAAACGCCUCGGGUACGUUUUGCGAACUGAACGUGCCCAUGAACACAUUCAUAUAAUUAACUGACCAGUUCCAACCAAAAAAAAAACUCACACAUUUUUACAUUCGAUCAAUUCAGACGGAAACAUAAUCGAAAAAUAAACUAAAAAUUUCAUUUGGAAAAUUUGCAUUUGCAACGUGGCAAAAUCCCAAAACAAAAACAGCGCAAAUUUCUCAUUGGCGUUUGAUUGAUGAAUCUAUAAAUUUAUCAAGUGAAACAAACACAGUAUUAUGCAAACCAACAAAAUAAAUAUUCACUAGCUCCUAGGAAAUAGGAUACAACAACAAAAAUCGAAGAAACACAAAAGUAAUGAGACUAUUCAUAAUUUUGAUAGUGGUGAUGAAUUUAAUGAAGAAAAAAAAAUGAUGCAUCGAUUGGCCAAAACUAAAAAAAUUCUGUGUGACAUGCACAAUAUCUAUAUAUAUAUUCGAGCAUAGUUUCUGUGUAUCGUGCAACUUUUGCAAGCAACAAACGCAUGCAAUCUUGAGUGUUAUAUUCUAUUCUAGAAUAAGGCAUUUUAGAAAAAACUGAAUGUAAAAUCAUUUUUCUGUACAAUGAUAAAGAAUCGGACAAAAAAUAAGAAACAAAUCUCACUGUUAGACAAAAUUUUAGCUUAAGCACAACGCAUAAGCGGAAUAGAUAUUUUUAAUUGUAUAAAACAAAGAGACACACACCGACGAUUUUUUUUUCGGCCUAAAACCAUUCAGUUUGUUCUUCGGUUGCACGUUAAUUUUGAUUUUUUCUGGACUCAUUUGAUGAGAAGCAUCUUCCAUUUUGAUUUGUAUUUAUUUGUUAAUUUUUGCGCAAUUUUUUUUUUGUCGCACUCCUCCGAUUGAACGGAGGUUUAUAUUUUGUGUUUGUAUCUUGGAAUAUUGUGUUUGUUAAUUUUUUUGAAUUUAUACUUUCUUGAGUUCAAUCUGGUUCAGUUCGCAAAAUAAGUUACAAAAGGCUUCGAAAUAAAAACAAACAAACAAAAAAAUGAAAAAAAAACACAUACAAAAAAAAAAUCUGGCAAAUUAAUUUUAGUCUAGUGAUUUAAACGAAUUAAGCGUAAACGAAUAUUAUAUAUAUAGAUAUAAAACUAUAAACGUAAAGCAAAUGUGUUGAAUUCUACAGAAACGAAAAAAAGAAAUCAUAUAAAAAUUUAUCUUUGUGUAUAUUGAAUCACACACAAAUACAACUGACAAAAAAACCGAACACGUUACACGUAGCGAGUAUUUUUGUUUGCAAUUGGAAAAUGAUCGUGAUGUUCAAUGUGAAGAAAAAAAGAGAGAUACUAUUUCGAUAUUGAAAUAAAAACAAAGCAAAACAA